AUGAUUAGGAUUGUCGGCUCCAUCGUUGUCUGGAAUUACGUUCUUGAUGGGAAGGAGGGGGUGGCGAAGGAUGUGAUCGAAGCUUUGGAUUCAACAAAGAACCUGAUAAUUUUCAGGGUGAUAGAGGGAGAUCUUCUGAAGCAUUACAAGAGCUUUAAGUUCAUAAUUCAAGUGAGCCCAAAGGCAAAAGGAAGUGUGGCUCAUUGGAGUCUUGACUAUGAGAAGUUGCAUGGGAGAUCCACACACUCUGAUGCAGUUGGUGCCAGAAAUGAGCAGAGAAAUUGAUGCAAGCCUCACCCAGGGACAGGCACAGGAAGAACAAUUAUUGGGGAAGGCGGGAGUUGAUGUGCACAUUAAUGCUUCUGCAGACAAGUUUCAUGAAAUGUUAAGCAGCAAGCCACACGAUAUUCCCAAUGUUUCUCCUGCUAGAAUUAGACAUGCUAUUGUUGAAGGAAGUUGGGGCA